GCGUGCGCGUGUGUGUGAGUGUGUGCGCGCGUGUGUGAGUGUGAAUGUGUGUGUGGUUGAAAAGGCGGAACAACCCGUCAAUAUUAAGGCAAUUACUUUAUCGAGAAAUGGUUUACGAGCGGAUUACCGCGGACGGUCCGUGUACCAUAAGGAACAGGAUUAUAUUUAGCAAUUUGUUUGACUAGACUCAUUUCUGCGGAAACUUUGAAUCGCACUUAGUGUUUAAUUUAAGUCGUGAACAGUUCUCGACUAUUUAUUCCUUUAUUUCUUUAUUAUAAGCAUGGAGAUGAGCUGGUGGACUUUUCUGUUACUCCUACUGAUGUUUGUGUCCAGAGGAAACACUGGUGAAUGUCCUGAACCUGUCCUGGAAGGAAAUGUGUUGUUAAGUGACUCUGCUCUUCUGAAAAAUACAUUUCCCGAUGGAACUGUAGUCAAUCUGGAGUGUGCUACCGGUUAUUUGGUGGAUCACGGCUCUGACACCAUCACAUGUGUUAAUGGUGAAUGGAGCAAACAGGAGCUGACCUGUAAAAAAAAAGACUGUGGUCCUCCGACACCAACCCCCAAUAUGAAAUUUAACAUCCAAGAUGGAACAUUGUUUGGUGCAUACAUCAGAGUAUACUGUGACCGUGGGUAUUACCUAAAAGGCUCCAGCAAUAAGCAGUGUCUUGUAAAAGGCUGGACUGGAAGGUCAAGGUGUCUGUUGGAAACCUGUGAGAAGCCUCCUGAGAUCCCUCAUUCUGUCAUAGUCAGUAAUCAUACCAAGGGGAUCAUUGAAUUUGGAGAUGUCAUUGAAUACCGCUGUGAGCACAACUACACUCUUGUUGGCAAUAAAUCAGUUGUUUGUCAGGAAAAUGGGAAAUACAGUUCACUUCCACAAUGCAAAGGUGAAUGUCCUGAACCUGUCCUGGAAGGAAAUGUGUUGUUAAGUGAGUCUGUUGUUCUGAAAAAUACAUUUCCUGAUGGAACUGUAGUCAAUUUGGAGUGUGCUACUGGUUACGUGGAGGAUCACGGCUCUGACACCAUCACAUGUAUUAAUGGUGAAUGGAGCAAACAGGAGCUGACCUGUAAAUUGGUAACCUGUGGGAAGCAUCCUGAUAUUCCUCAUUCUGUCAUAGUCAGUAAUCAUACCAAGGGGAUCAUUGAAUUUGGAGAUGUCAUUGAAUACCGCUGUGAGCACAACUACACUCUUGUUGGCAAUAAAUCAGUUGUUUGUCAGGAAAAUGGGAAAUACAGUUCACUUCCACAAUGCAAAGGUGAAUGUCCUGAACCUGUCCUGGAAGGAAAUGUGUUGUUAAGUGUGUCUGUUGUUCUGAAAAAUACAUUUCCUGACGAAACUGUAGUCAAUCUGGAGUGUGCUACUGGUUACGUGGAGGAUCUUGGCUGCAACAACAUCACAUGUAUUAAUGGUGAAUGGAGCAAACAGGAGCUGACCUGUAAAUUGGUAACCUGUGGGAAGCAUCCUGAUAUUCCUCAUUCUGUCAUAGUCAGUAAUCAUACCAAGGGGAUCAUUGAAUUUGGAGAUGUCAUUGAAUACCGCUGUGAGCACAACUACACUCUUGUUGGCAAUAAAUCAGUUGUUUGUCAGGAAAAUGGGAAAUACAGUUCACUUCCACAAUGCAAAGGUGAAUGUCCUGAACCUGUCCUGGAAGGAAAUGUGUUGUUAAGUGUGUCUGUUGUUCUGAAAAAUACAUUUCCUGACGAAACUGUAGUCAAUCUGGAGUGUGCUACUGGUUACGUGGAGGAUCUUGGCUGCAACAACAUCACAUGUAUUAAUGGUGAAUGGAGCAAACAGGAGCUGACCUGUAAAUUGGUAACCUGUGGGAAGCAUCCUGAUAUUCCUCAUUCUGUCAUAGUCAGUAAUCAUACCAAGGGGAUCAUUGAAUUUGGAGAUGUCAUUGAAUACCGCUGUGAGCACAACUACACUCUUGUUGGCAAUAAAUCAGUUGUUUGUCAGGAAAAUGGGAAAUACAGUUCACUUCCACAAUGCAAAGGUGAAUGUCCUGAACCUGUCCUGGAAGGAAAUGUGUUGUUAAGUGAGUCUGUUGUUCUGAAAAAUACAUUUCCUGACGAAACUGUAGUCAAUCUGGAGUGUGCCUCUGGUUACGUGGAGGAUCUUGGCUGCAACAACAUCACAUGUAUUAAUGGUGAAUGGAGCAAACAGGAGCUGACCUGUAAAUUGGUAACCUGUGGGAAGCAUCCAGAGAUUCCUCAUUCUGUCAUAGUCAGUAAUCAUACCAAGGGGAUCAUUGAAUUUGGAGAUGUCAUUGAAUACCGCUGUGAGCACAGCUACAAUCUUGUUGGCAAUAAAUCAGUUGUUUGUCAGGAAAAUGGGAAAUACAGUUCACUUCCACAAUGCGAAGUGGUAACCUGUGGGAAGCAUCCUGAGAUUCCUCAUUCUGUCAUAGUCAGUAAUCAUACCAAGGGGAUCAUUGAAAUUGAAGAUAUCAUUAAAUACAUUGUUUUCACUUUAGUUCUUGUCAAGACAAAUGUCUAAGAAGGAUAACAAGAAUCAGAGUAAGACGUUGAUUGGCUGUGUUUUGUUUGUGUAUCUGAGAGGAAAGUCUACUUUCUCUAUACCUAUACCACUGCAAAGACAAAACUCUCUUGUAUAGCUGUUAUAAAUGCAUCAUACAUUGAUAAUAGUGUUCCUAGUAGGAACGCUGUUGUGACUCUCACUUUGCUCUCCUGAAAGGUUCGCAUUUCCACAGCAGCUUCUACAUUGGCUAGUCUGAUUUAGUUUUACAUCGCUGGUGAUAUUCAUUUGAUUCUGUGUUCUGCUCUGCUUGCUGAUGUUGACUUUACAUGAUUAGGACUCAUUGUCUGUGUGCCAAAGUACAGAAUGAAGGGAAUGCCCAGAUCUGUGUCUAACAUUAAUAACUAGGAUAAGGGUUAUCAUUUAUAGCAAAUUUAUAAUGAAAUACAGUUUGUAGGUUUAGUAAGUUAUCAGGCAGCAGAGACACUGACAGUUGUAGGUUAGGUUGCUUUAUUAUUGCAGAGACAAACAUAUCCUAAGUGAGAAGGUCAGGGUCAACAAACAGGGAUGUGCAAACAGAGUUUCUUUGGCAAGAGACAAAGACAUAAACCAGAACCAUAUCAAUUACCAUUAACAAAAUAGCAUAAACAUUAUGUUUGGUAUUGACAAGUACAUGGCACUGAGCAUAUACUUUGCAAAUUGAAAGUCCAUAUAUUUUGUAAUAAUGAUUAUGUAAAUAAGUCCAGGUGUGCGUGGUCAGAAUGACGAUGAACAUGAAUGUGAGAAAGUUGGUUAUGUCAUGUUGUAAUCCUGUGUGACCAUGAUUGUAAGCCAUGUUGUACUCAGGGAGUUGUGGUCAGUGGCCAUAUUUGUAGGCUACUCUGUGUUUUGUGACCGUGACAGCAACAUGACAUCCUUUAUCUGGUUUUCUAUGUCUGGCACUAUGCAUGAUAUAUAAUAUUUUUUCAGCUAUUUACAUAUAUGAGAUCAGAAGUUUAAUUUGAAUUCAUUAUAAUUCAGUUAUAUUUCUACUGGAAUAUAACACAUCUAUCUGUGUUAAACAACUUAGAACAUGGCCACUUAUGUACUAACAAUUAGACAUCAAACAGAUCAGCCAAGGAAAACAGCAGUUGAUGAUGGAAGCAUUGUGUGAGCUGUGAUAAAACAACUGUGACAUUACCAACAAAGACAAUCACAAUCAAACUGUUCGUAGACCUUAAGAGAAGAAAUUUAGAGGCCAUACAAGAAGAUGCAAGCAAAAGUUAUGCAAUGUGGUAUCAUACUUUUGCUCACAUAAAAAUUGUGUGGUCUGACACCAAAUAUGUCAUGUUCUAAAUUGUUUAACGCAGAUAGAUGAAUUUCAACAACAACAACAACAACAACAACAACAACAACAACAACAACAACA